CACAUGUUGGGUGUGUUGUGUUUGCAGCAGAUAUUUCAGCAGCUUUAAAACACGUGUGCUCGCUGUCACACCGCAGAUAGGAUGCGAUAAACAGCUCUCAGUCAACGACAAACACUUAAAGUCACCUUUUAAUUCAAGAAGACACUGAGGAAGAGGAGGAAGAGGAGGAAGAGGAGGAAGAACGACAGGCGACCCGGAGCGGCUGCAGGCGGCUACAGGUUCACUUCACCGGGGGACUGAAGGCUUUGAGGCUUUGAGGCUUGCCGUGCGUCACCAUGAGUUCCAAGGUGUGUAAGAACUGCGGCAGCACUGAAAUCGAUGUGGACGCGGCCCGCGGCGAUGCCGUCUGUAUGGGCUGCGGCUCCGUGCUGGAGGACAACAUCAUCGUGUCCGAGGUGGAGUUUGUGGAUUCGGGAGGCGGAUCGCUGGCCGUCGGACAGUUCAUCUCCUCGGAAGGAGCCGCCACCCCGUCUUUUGGAGACACACAUUUAGGCGUGGGCAGGGAGUCCAGAGCGCAGACGCUGUCGAGAGCCAAACACAACAUCAACACUCUGGGUCACCAACUGCAGAUGAACAAACACUGUCUGGACACGGCCUUCAACUUCUACAAGAUGGCGCUCAUGAAGCACCUGACCCGCGGCCGCAAGUCCUCCCACGUUGUCGCCGCCUGCCUCUACAUGGUCUGCCGCACUGAGGGAACACCACGUAUCCUUACUGUACUUUGUUGAUCUGAUCUCCUGCAGGUGAACGUCUACGUUCUGGGAAGAACCUUCCUCGUACUGGCCAGAGAACUGUGCAUCAACGCCCCGGCUAUAGACCCGUGCCUGUACAUUCCCCGUUUCGCCCAGAUGCUGGAAUUUGGGGAGAAGAACCACGAAGUCUCCAUGACGGCGAUGAGACUGGUGCAGAGGAUGAAGAGGGACUGGAUGCACACGGGACGAAGGCCGUCGGGACUCUGUGGAGCAGCUCUUCUUGUUGCCGCUCAUAUGUACGACUUUCGCCGCACCAUCAAAGAAAUCGUCAGCGUUGUGAAAGUGUGUGAAACCACACUAAGAAAAAGACUGGUAGAGUUUGAGGACACGCCCACCAGUCAGCUGACCAUCGAAGAGUUCAUGAAGGUGGACCUGGACCAAGAGUGUGACCCGCCCUGCUAUACAGAGGGACUGAGGAGGAACAAAGCCCACCAGCUUGAGGUCGAGCUGAAGAAAAAGAUGGAUGACGUUGAAGAUGAGAUCCAGAGCUACCAGGAUGAGAUAGACGCAGAGCUUCAGACCUGUAGACCCAAACUGAGAGGAGUUUACGCCGCCUACACCAAGGAAGACGGAGAAAAAGACAAUGAAGACGUCCUCUCCACGUCGUCUAAGAUGGAAGAUGAUGAGGAUGCAGAAGAGGAAGAUGAGCUUCAGGCCGUGGCCAAGCACUUUGGCAAAGACCUCGACGAGCUCACACUGGAGGCUCUGAUAAAACUUGAACAGAGGGGACCGGAGGAGGAAGAGGAGAACCAGGAGCUGGAGGAGGAUGGCGUCCCAAAGAGAAAAGCCCCGUCGCUGGCGUCCAUCCUGGGAACGAUGCCGACAGCGGCCACUCUCGGCCUCCCGGAGUCCAUCAGCGGCUGCAUCGGAGACGAGAAGGAGAACGAUGGUGCUGCUGACAGUGGGGAGCUGGACCUGAGUGGGAUCGAUGACAGUGAGAUAGAGCUGUAUCUGCUGAGUGACAAAGAAAUAAAAAUCAAGACGGCGCUGUGGAUGGCAGAAAACUCCGACUACCUCAAAGAGCAGAAAGAGAAGGAAGCGAAGAUAGCGAAGGAAAAGGAGCUUGGGAUCUACAAAGAAAAGAAGCCUAGAGGACCCAUCAAGAAGCGUCCCCCAAUCCGGGCCAACACUGCCGACGAGGCCAUCGAGAAGAUGCUGGAGCAGAAGAGGAUCUCCACCAAGAUCAACUACGACGUCCUGAAGGACCUCAACAUCAAGCCCGGCUCCAGCCCGGCCCGCAAGGUGGAGUCCCCGAAGAAAGAACCGACUGCCGCGAAACUGACCGGACGCAACCGCAAACCUGUUCGAGCUCCACUCAGCCUCAGCACGCCGCUCAGCACCCUGGGAAAAAGGUUGCAGCCGUUCAUCACCGGACAGCCCAGCAAGAAGCUCGCCGUAGAGCAGAUUGCCAACCCCCUGCCGGUGCCAGUGGGAGCCCCCGCCAGCGGAGUGGUGGUGGAGAGCGGGCCGGUCGUCUACGAUGAUGCAGCUGCUGACGAGGAGGAUGAGGAGGAAGAGGAGCCUUGUGUUAGUGCCAUGGACCUGUUGGGCGGCAACGAUUACGGCUGCGAUGGAGAAUAUGACGACGGGUUCUAGCAGUGCUCUUCCCUGCUUCAUGAUUACUGACUUGUGUGGACAAUUAUGAAACCUUAAGAGUAUCAGAUGUUUACUACCAGAGACACAAACUGACUGCAGCUACAGACGGGAGCUGUGGUGCCAAGAGGAAUGAUGGAUUCCCAUCAGGAAUAAAUGGGACGGGAUGUGUUGGAAAUAUCCCACUCCUUGUCCCAUUUGGCAUCCCAACUGGACUGAACUGGGAGGACUCGCUGCUUGGAUGCUGACAGAGACGGUGAAGUGGAAAUGAGGGAUAUUUAUGAGUGUGAUGUAGAUAAAACAGCAGAAUCAAAGGUAGGGAAUAUUGCAGUAAGCACUUGUGUGUUGGUUUGCAGGUCAGAAGACAUUUAGGAUCAAACUGGGCUGAAAUAGGUUCCAUAAAACAGCUGUUUGAGCUGCAUUUAUAGUCAGAAAUCACUUUUUAACUAAAUUUAGUCCAGUUUUAAGCUGCAAACCACCAAAUCAGUGUUUCCUGUUUCCUCAUCAGGGGAUAAAUACUGAAGAAAUGUGUCUUCAGGAAGAUUUUUGCGUCCUGAAAUGUUUCCACCGUGCUUUUGUCGAGGGUUUUGAAGGUAAUGUAGCAAAAAAAGAAAAGAAAAGCUGAACAAAAUGCUCAACGUAUUAUCCUUGAACUUGCACUGUGCAUUCAUGAUACUCAAGUACUUAACAGUAUGUGACUUCCUCGAGUGCUUCCCGAUAACUAAUAUAACACACUGCGACUCUUAACAAUGACAUACUUAAAAACAAGCAUCUAACAAUCAGGUAGCGUGAGAUCAAUCGUCAUUAUCAGUAUUUACACAAAGUAUUUUCCUGUCAUUUCUAGUUCAGUUGAGGUUGGUCUUUGGAUCAAUAUUCAUUAAUGCCUUAGGUGAUUAGUGGGCCGACACAUGCCGUCUGUCCUAAGCCAAAGUAUUACAAAGAGGUUGCCUUUGAACAAUGUGUGCCAAUGUUUGCUGAGACGUUAUUAAAUCCAAAAAUAGUUUGAUUUUAAUUCCAGAUUAAGUUCUUAUUAGGAAUCCGAUGGUGUGAGUGAUGGUUUGAUUAGUUUUUAUGUUGCUAUUAAUUUGGUUUGGGCUUUUCUUCUUAUUAAUUUUUUUUAAUGGAAUCGAUUCUCUGAUUAAUUUAUGAGUUUGUGUCAUUUGAUGUAUGUUAAAUAUUCUUCAUGACGUCCUGUCACAGGCCACAGAGGCGUUUAAAAGCCAGGAUGUAAAUACAUUUUCUGCAAUAUUAUAUUUUCCAAGUGAUUGAGGGGGCCCAGUUAGAGAAAAGAUCUAUUUUGUAUUUAAGCUUUUAUGAUUUUUGUGUUGAUUAGGAGGUGAAAUAGAUUGUGGCCUUUUCACUGUGUCCACACAACGGUAUAUAGCCAGGCGUCUAAGUUAACCUGGACUGCCUCUGAGUUGCUGCUACGAGUCAUGAUGUUAUACCUGCAUAUUGUUGUGUGCAUUUGCUGCUACAGUAAACAUUUCACUACAUGAGGAAAAAA